AUGGUCUCUAAACCUGUGAGUGGAAGUGGAUGGUCUGCAUAUAAUGGUAGAUGCUUCCGCUUUUUCAACUUUCUGCAUUCCUGGAUUGAUGCAGAGAAACAGUGUUUGGGCUAUGAUGGGAACCUGGCCUCUGUACACAGUUAUGAGGAGUACACCUUCAUACAGGACCUGAUUAAAUCUCACACUCAAGCUUCAACUGAGGCCUGGUUAGGAGGCUAUGACGCUGUUAAAGAGGGAACAUGGCUCUGGAGUGAUGGGUCAAAACUGAACCUAGAGAUAUGGGCUCCUGGAGAACCUAACAAUUACAACAGAAAUGAGAACUGUAUUGUGAUGAACUAUCAAUCCUUGAGCAACUGGAAUGACUACUCCUGUGAUGUGGAAAAGCCUUUUGUGUGUGUGAAGAAAUGGAGAAAUUUAACUUUACAUCAUUUGCUUAUUGAUGGAGAUUCUCCGCAGUGAAUGGGUGCCAUCAGAAUGAGAGCUCAAACAGCUGAUCAUGAAGACAUCACAAUAAUCCACACGACUCCAGUCCAUCAUUUAAUGUCUUGUGAAGUGAAAGGCUGCAAGUUUGUAAUCAAUUUUUCAUUCUUUGGUCAACUGCUCCUUUAACUAAUUCUCUCUGAUUACUUUACUAAUAGCAAGUAGAACUCCAUAAAUAUCAAGCAGUGCAUUUAAUUGUUUCUGUGGGGUUCUGUCUCAUUCCACGUAUCAGAUGUGCAUUUUCUGAAUGGAAUUCCUGAAGAUUUUCGGUAAACUUUGGAUCUGCGUAAAUAAAAUUCAGCAUCAGA